UCCGAUGCUGUCACCAUGCGGGGAGGAAAUGUCCUCCUGAACUGCUCUGCGGAGUCUGACCGGGGAGUCCCGAUGAUCAAGUGGAAGAAAGAUGGCGUCCACCUGGCCUUGGGAAUGGAUGAAAGGAAGCAGCAACUUCCAAAUGGCUCUCUGUUGAUACAAAACAUACUUCACUCCAGGCACCACAAGCCCGAUGAGGGACUUUACCAAUGUGAGGCAUCUUUAGGAGAUUCUGGGUCGAUCAUUAGUCGGACAGCAAAAGUUGCUGUAGCAGGACCACUGAGGUUCCUAUCCCAGACAGAAUCUGUCACAGCUUUCAUGGGAGACACAGUGCUACUCAAGUGUGAAGUCAUCGGGGAACCUAUGCCAACAAUACACUGGCAAAAAAACCAACAAGACCUGAUUCCUAUCCCAGGAGACUCCCGAGUGGUAGUCUUGCCCUCUGGAGCCUUGCAGAUCAGCCGACUUCAACCAGGGGACAUUGGAAUCUAUCGAUGCUUAGCUCGGAAUCCAGCCAGCUCAAGAACAGGAAAUGAAGCCGAAGUCAGAAUUCUGUCAGACCCAGGACUGCAUAGGCAGCUAUAUUUUCUGCAAAGACCAUCCAAUGUGAUAGCCAUUGAAGGAAAAGAUGCCAUCCUGGAGUGUUGUGUUUCUGGCUAUCCUCCCCCGAGUUUUACCUGGUUACGAGGAGAGGAAGUCAUCCAACUCAGGUCCAAAAAGUAUUCCCUAUUGGGUGGAAGCAACCUGCUUAUCUCCAAUGUGACAGAUGAUGAUAGUGGAACUUACACCUGUGUUGUUACAUAUAAAAAUGAGAAUAUUAGUGCCUCUGCAGAGCUCACAGUCUUGGUUCCACCAUGGUUUUUAAAUCACCCUUCCAACUUGUAUGCCUAUGAAAGCAUGGAUAUUGAGUUUGAAUGUUCAGUCUCUGGAAAGCCUGUGCCCACUGUGAAUUGGAUGAAGAAUGGAGAUGUGGUCCUUCCUAGUGAUUAUUUUCAGAUAGUGGGAGGAAGCAACUUACGAAUCCUUGGAGUGGUAAAGUCAGAUGAAGGCUUUUAUCAAUGUGUAGCUGAAAAUGAGGCUGGAAAUGUCCAGACCAGUGCACAGCUCAUUGUCCCUAAGCCUGCUAUCCCAAGCUCCAGUGUCCUUCCUUCUGCUCCCAGAGAUGUGGUCCCCGUGUUGGUUUCCAGUCGGUUUGUCCGUCUCAGCUGGCGUCCACCUGCAGACGCAAAAGGGAACAUUCAAACCUUCACGGUCUUUUUCUCCAGAGAAGGUGACAACAGGGAACGAGCAUUGAAUACAUCCCAACCUGGGUCCCUUCAGCUUACUGUGGGAAACCUGAAGCCAGAAGCCAUGUACACCUUCCGAGUUGUGGCCUACAAUGAGUGGGGACCAGGAGAGAGUUCUCAACCCAUCAAAGUGGCUACACAGCCUGAGUUGCAAGUUCCAGGACCAGUAGAAAACCUGCAAGCUGUAUCUACCUCACCUACCUCAAUUCUUAUUACCUGGGAACCCCCUGCCUAUGCAAACGGUCCAGUCCAAGGUUACAGAUUGUUCUGCACUGAGGUGUCCACGGGAAAGGAACAGAAUAUAGAGGUUGAUGGACUAUCUUAUAAGCUGGAAGGCCUGAAAAAAUUCACGGAAUAUACCCUUCGAUUCCUAGCUUAUAAUCGCUAUGGGCCAGGAGUAUCUACGGAUGACAUAACAGUGGUUACACUUUCUGAUGUGCCAAGUGCCCCGCCUCAGAACGUCUCCCUGGAAGUAGUUAAUUCAAGGAGUAUCAAAGUAAGCUGGCUGCCUCCUCCAUCAGGCACACAAAAUGGAUUUAUUACUGGCUAUAAAAUUCGACACAGAAAGACGACCCGCAGGGGUGAGAUGGAAACAUUGGAGCCCAACAACCUCUGGUACCUUUUCACAGGUCUGGAGAAAGGAAGUCAGUACAGCUUCCAAGUGUCAGCCAUGACAGUUAAUGGCACUGGACCACCUUCCAACUGGUACACAGCAGAGACUCCUGAGAAUGAUCUAGAUGAGUCUCAAGUCCCUGACCAACCAAGCUCUCUUCAUGUGAGGCCCCAGACCAACUGCAUCAUCAUGAGUUGGACUCCUCCCUUGAACCCAAACAUCGUGGUGCGAGGUUACAUCAUUGGCUAUGGUGUUGGGAGCCCUUAUGCUGAGACAGUGCGUGUGGAUAGUAAACAACGAUAUUAUUCCAUCGAGAGAUUAGAGUCAAGCUCCCAUUACGUAAUCUCCCUAAAAGCUUUUAACAAUGCAGGAGAAGGAGUUCCACUUUAUGAAAGUGCUACCACCAGAUCUAUAACAGAUCCCACUGACCCAGUUGAUUAUUAUCCUUUGCUUGAUGAUUUCCCCACCUCGGUCCCAGAUGUCUCCACCCCCAUGCUCCCACCAGUAGGUGUACAGGCUGUGGCUCUUACCUACGAUGCCGUGAGGGUCAGCUGGGCAGACAACUCUGUCCCUAAGAACCAAAAAACAUCUGAAGUGCGACUUUACACUGUCCGGUGGAGGACCAGCUUUUCUGCGAAUGCGAAAUACAAGUCAGAAGACACAACAUCUCUGAGUUACACAGCAACGGGCCUCAAACCCAACACGAUGUAUGAGUUCUCGGUCAUGGUAACAAAAAACAGAAGGUCAAGCACAUGGAGCAUGACUGCGCAUGCCACUACGUAUGAAGCAGCCCCGACCUCUGCUCCCAAGGAUUUGACAGUCAUUACUCGAGAAGGGAAGCCUCGCACUGUCAUCGUGAGUUGGCAGCCUCCCUUGGAAGCCAAUGGGAAAAUUACUGCUUACAUCUUGUUUUACACCUUGGACAAGAACAUACCAAUUGACGACUGGGUGAUGGAAACAAUCAGUGGUGAUCGGCUUACUCACCAAAUCAUGGAUCUCAACCUUGACACAAUGUACUACUUUCGGAUUCAAGCACGAAAUGCAAAAGGAGUGGGGCCUCUCUCUGAUCCUAUCCUCUUCCGGACUCUGAAAGUAGAACACCCUGACAAAAUGGCUAAUGACCAAGGUCGUCAUGGAGAUGGAGGUUAUUGGCCAGUUGAUACUAAUUUGAUUGAUAGAAGCACUCUCAAUGAGCCACCCAUUGGCCAGAUGCACCCCCCACAUGGCAGUGUCACUCCUCAGAAGAACAGCAACCUGCUUGUGAUCAUUGUGAUCACCGUUGGCGUCAUCACAGUGCUGGUGGUAGUGAUCGUGGCUGUGAUUUGCACCCGGCGCUCUUCAGCCCAGCAGAGAAAGAAGCGGGCCACCCACAGUGUUGGAAAGAGGAAGGGCAGCCAGAAGGACCUCAGGCCCCCUGAUCUUUGGAUACAUCAUGAAGAAAUGGAGAUGAAAAAUAUCGAGAAGCCAUCGGGUACUGAUCCUGCAGGAAGGGACUCCCCCAUCCAAAGCUGUCAAGACCUCACACCAGUCAGCCACAGCCAGUCAGAAACCCAGCUGGGCAGCAAAAGCACCUCUCAUUCAGGUCAAGACACUGAAGAAGCAGGGAGCUCCAUGUCCACUCUGGAAAGGUCGCUGGCUGCACGACGAGCCACUCGGGCCAAGCUUAUGAUUCCUAUGGAUGCCCAGUCCAACAAUCCUGCUGUCGUGAGUGCCAUCCCUGUGCCUACCCUGGAAAGUGCCCAGUACCCAGGAAUCCUCCCAUCUCCCACGUGUGGAUACCCGCACCCGCAGUUUACCCUCCGGCCCGUGCCAUUCCCCACAUUGUCUGUGGACCGAGGUUUCGGAACAGGAAAAAGUCAGUCGGCGAGUGAAGGACCAGCCAGCCAACAGCCACCCAUGUUGCCCCCAGCACAGCCUGAGCAUCCCAGCACCGAGGAGGCACCAAGCAGAACCAUCCCCACGGCCUGUGUUCGACCAACCCACCCACUCCGCAGCUUUGCUAAUCCUUUGCUACCUCCACCGAUGAGUGCAAUAGAACCGAAAGUCCCUUACACGCCACUCUUGUCUCAGCCAGGGCCUACUCUUCCCAAGACUCAUGUUAAGACAGCCUCUCUUGGGUUGGCUGGAAAGGCAAGAUCUCCUUUGCUUCCUGUAUCCGUGCCCACGGCCCCUGAAGUAUCCGAGGAGAGCCACAAAGCAACAGAGGACCCAGCCAAUGUAUAUGAACAGGAUGAUUUGAGUGAACAAAUGGCAAGCUUGGAAGGGCUAAUGAAGCAACUUAAUGCCAUCACAGGCUCGGCCUUUUAACACAUCUUACCCAGUUGAUGAGGUGUAU